CCACUUCUAGUCUAGCCUAGCAGCUGCGUUGGACUCGCCAUGGGAGUGGUGAGAGGUCCUGGGUUCGACUCCCAUCAGCAACUUUCAUUUCAACAUCAGCCUCUAAGUGACGGGACCAGUCAUUCGGCAGUGGCUGACCCAGACCAACUCUCGGGCAGUUUCGGAUUCCUGGUGGUCGGCGGGGUCCUGGUUACUGUAAUGGCGCUAGUUCUGUUCGCGACAGUCAGCUACCACUGUGCCGCGACGUGGCGCUGGCUUCGGGGUCUAAGCCGAUACACAGACGGAAAUACGGAGGAUGCCUUGGCCAAACAGGCCGCCAUAAGAAUCAGCCAUUCAUUACCCGACCUGAAGACCGAACCUAUCCGACAGGAAUACGUACAGGACCCAAAAGAUGGAAAGAAGCACGUGUUGCGCCAGACGACAUUGCCUUCAGUGCCGACACGACACCAGACGUUCCAACGCCAACUCUCGCAUCGAUUGGACCUCCCCAAUAUCCAGUUCAGCAUAUGCAGCUUGGAACACAGGGCCGAUUCCAGCAUAGGACUCAUCAAGCCGGAGCUCUACAAGAAGGAGAUGCUGGCCAGGCAGACGAGUUCUGAUAGUUCUGGCACUGGGGAGAUGGAAUAUUGUGGAAAGCUGCAUUUCGCGCUCCGCUACGACUCGGAAAUCGAAGGACUUGUUGUCAAGGUGCUGCAAGCACAGGACCUUCCGGUUAAGGAUGUCAGCGGCAGUAGCGAUCCUUAUGUCAAAGUGUAUCUCUUGCCAGACAGGAAGAAGAAGUUCCAAACGAAGGUGCAUCGCAAGAACCUCAACCCUGUGUUCAACGAGACGUUCAUCUUUAGUGUAGGAUACGAGGAACUGAAGCAACGAUAUCUGCAAUUCUCUGUGUACGAUUUUGACCGGUUCUCAAGACACGAUCUGAUUGGCCACGUUGUUCUGAAAGGCCUUCUGGACAACGCGGACCUGCACCAAGAACUGGAAUUUACUAUGAAUGUGCUGUGUGCACCGCAGGAUAAAGUGGACUUGGGCGAGCUAAUGCUGUCUCUCUGUUACCUGCCCACUGCUGGGCGUCUCACAGUGACUGUCAUUAAAGGUCGCAACUUCCAGGCAAUGGAUAUCACAGGAUCUUCAGAUCCAUACGUGAAAGUGUAUUUAUUGUGUGAAGGAAAGAGGAUUAAGAAGAAGAAAACAACCGUGAAGAAGGCAACACUCAGUCCGGUGUACAACGAGGCACUUGUGUUUGAUGUUCCAGCAGAGAAUAUCGAAGAUGUGAGCCUGAUCGUGAAAGUAAUCGACUAUGACAGGAUCGGACACAAUGAGCUGAUGGGUUGCACAGCUAUUGGUUCAAGUUUUAUUGGAAUUGGAAGAGACCAUUGGCUGGAGAUGCUGGACAACCCCCGCAAACCUGUUGCCCAAUGGUACCCCCUACUGGAGACAGUUCCGGGGCAAAUCCCACUCACAAACUCACAGCCACUACCGGUCAGUUUGAGUUGUCUCAACGGAAGGUGAAGGAAGUCCUAAUCACUCUGCGAAAUGACUAUACUUCCACCGUUCUAGGAAGUCCUGUACCACAGUUGCUCAAAGAAGUGAUGAAACCUGAUCACUUCAUACGGAAACUUUUAAAGGAUACCCUAACGUCCUUUUAUAGCAAGUUUCUUAAUCUACAAGAGAUUCUUCUGGAAAAUACUUUACCCAUUCUCACAUCUUGUCUACAAUAUCCUGAUUUCCCUGUGGGAAAUAAUUUCAUUUUCCCUGACGCUGGAUUUUCCCUCGAAAGCAUUAGCCGUAUCAUAUAGGCUACUAAUAAAAUGUCCCCAGAAAUCCAUCCCUAUAUUUUUACUUCCCAAAGGUGCAUAUAUGUUAUGCUAGCUGGCUAGCAACAACCCUUCUAUGGUAUACAAAUAUAUAUAAUAUAUAAUAUUUGAAUGGUAUUAUAUAAAAUUAAGUUAUAUAAUUAUGAUCAUAAUAAUUGUACAAUAGAAAAGAUAAGUGUCUUAUAUUUAUAUAGUGGGUCGAAUACAAAAACGCCCAUUCAAUGAUUAAUAAAGUAGGUAUAAAAUUUGGACAGUAUUGCCACACGCAUAUUUUAAUUAUUUAUAAUCAUGUAAAUAAAAAUUGUAUUAUUAUAAAUAAUGGCAGUUCCAUGGCGUUGUGUAUAGAAGAUAAUAUGUUAUAUAUAGUCCUACAGCGUCUGCUUUUGUAAAAUUUAAUGGUAAAUUUAAUUCUAGAGUAAUCUAUCAGCACAAUAUUACGGUAAUUAAGAGGUAGUCUUUCUGAUCGGCAUGAAAACCGAAUCAAAUUCUUGCUCUUUCCUGUCAAGGACAAUGUUGUAAAGUGGUGAAUGUUGAGUAUAUACAUGUAAAAAUGUCUCUUAUGUAUACACUGCCGUAAGCUCCUGUUCUUACUGUUUGACUUACCAGACCUAGGCAAGGGAAAACAUUCAUCUUAUUACGUAUCUGUCACAACAUAAAUUCCCAUAGACGACAAUUUACUUUAAAUUAUAAGUAAAAGUUCAUUCUCUUUGACCAGUGCUGUUUAUUUGAAAUUUCCCUUUGUCAAUAUUAAAUAUUAUAAACCUUAAACAUAGUGGUUAAUGAGUCAUAUAUUUAAUAAAC